UGGAGCUGUGCAUGCUGUGCACACAAAAACUGUUUUCGGAUUCUCGGUCUUUCUAGAAAUCUUCGGACAGUGAAUAUUUUGGAAAAAAGUGUUCGAAAAACAGUACACAAAAAUGUCAAAAAAUUCGGAUAUUGAUAAUGCGGAUGCGAUGAGAUCAAUAGCCUUAGCUACCCCACCAGACUCUCCAAAAAAACCUGUAAAAUCCACUGCAGUGGUAAAAUAUUCUGCGGUUCAAACACCAGCGACAUAUGCUCAAUUACAGUGUAAUACGGAUUUGAAUCUUCCACCCAGUAACUGGCUCAGCAGUUCAGCAGAAAGUUACGGUCUGCAGAAUGUUUGGUCUCAAAGUACAGGAUUCUCCAGUUUUCGCAUGGCACACAUGUUUCCUGAUUGUGUUGGCGAAGUGGAUGUAGUAUCGGAUGCAGAAAAUAUAAAGAAAUUACUAAAACUUCCUUAUAAUCGUGGUGUGAUUUCAAUGAUGGUACAUCGCAUUGAAAAUACAUUGCUAUUGGAUGACUUUGAUAUACACAAGUAUCUACUAAGACAGGCUGAGAGUGAUUGGGAAUGGUUAAAAAAAUUCUUUUAUGAACAUAUUUUUCAAAAUCUGGGCGACAAGGAAAAACGCUUUUUCCACAAGGCAUAUAGUAGAAAUAGUUUGCAACAGAGAAAUUUAGUGUCCAAGUUUCUCUAUCAUUCUAUAGUACUUGCGGAUAAUGACAAACAGAAUGAGAAACCACAGUUACCUGUGGAAACAUUAGAACCAUGUUUACCUGAACCAACGCAAGAAGAAAAAGUACCUGAUCCAAAUUAUAAUCACAAUUUCGCAAGAAAUGUUGUGUGGACAUUCGAAAAUAUACAGAUGCUUAUUGGAACAGACAUGCCAAUAUUUGGUGGUCAGACGCAUCCAUGUAUAAGUCUACGAUUAAGAGAUAUGUCAAAACCAAUUAAUGUUUUAACAGGAAUAGACUACUGGUUAGAUAAUUUAAUGUGUAAUGUUCCAGAAGUAGUAAUGUGUUACCAUUUAGAUGGUAUUGUACAGAAAUAUGAAUUGAUAAAGACAGAGGAUCUUCCAAACUUGGAUGACUCCAAGUUUAGUGCUAAAUUAAUUAGAGAUGUAGCGCAAAAUAUCCUAAGUUUCCUAAAAAAUAAUGCUACAAAGGCUGGUCAUACCUAUUGGUUAUUCAAGGGUGAAGACGACGAUGUUGUGAAGCUAUAUGAUUUGACAUCACUGUGCAGUGACGUUUCAGAAGAGAAAGGACAAAAUCCUUUCACCGUACCUGUUGCAAUGUUGUUGUACAGAGUAGCUCGUAACAUGAAGUAUUCCUCUGAUUAUCAUCGCCAUCAAGGAACAAUUAGAAUGCUGUUGAAGAAUUGUAUUCAACUAUUAGCCAAAGAAAAAUAUCCGCAAAUCGUUACAUCCGCGCAUUUUAUGCUUUCGGAUUUGUAUAUACCAUCAGACACCGAUCCCGCCAGCCCAGGAUUAUCGGAUCAAAGCGAUGACGAAGACGCUCAUAGCGAAUGUAGCAUGAAUAACGAAAAGGAGAAAGUAGAAGAAGAGAAAAUUUGCGCAGCAAUCAAAUCUUUAACUCUAGCGUACAUAAAGGAACAAACGGAACGCGAGCAACCAAAAUAUAAAGCUCUGCCGAUUUCUGGUACGAUAGAAGAAAGAUGUUUAUUUGGAUUAGAACACGUUACUCAUGGACUCGAUUGUCUUCGAUAUUUUCCGAUUGAAGACAACACCGACGAAGAACAAAAGAAAGCGGAAGAACGCGAAAAAGAGAAACGGAAAUAUGAGGAAAUGCAUCCUAAUGUAGCGAAACCUUUUCAGGCGAUUCCUAUGCCUUACACACCGUUAAAUAAACAAGAUACGAGUGUUAUGUCGAAAAAAAAUUUGGAAAAUCAUAGUCCUGCGCAUAAAAAGAGAAAUAAACAAAAAAAGAAGAAAAAUGAGAAAAAUGUUACGAAAGAAAUAGCGAAUGAAAAUGCUUUAUUAUGUAAACUUAAGGCGGAAACAAUACCCACAUGGCAAGCCCCAAAAAAAAGCGAUAAUAUUUGCUGGAGCGCUCAUUUGAAAACUUUGUUAUACGAAAAAGCAUCAUUAAUAUUUGCCGUACUUGCCGAGAAUGAAUAUGUAAAUAAAAAUUACGGCGCUUCUCUGAGAUAUAUGUUGAAAGUAUUGUAUUGUCAGAAAAUAUUAGAAAUUUUCUGCGGCGUGAGAAACGACAAAUCAAUCAGUUAUCUAUUAGGUCGGGCGGGAGACUGUUGCUUUAUGAUAGUGCAAGAUUGGAGCAAUGUGGAAAAGCAUAGAAAGGAUUACGAUAUAAAAAAUGAAAUGGAAGAGAAAAUAGUCGAAGAUGUGUUUAGUAUGGAAGACUUAGAUAUGAACGGUGCUGAAUUAUUACCGAAGGAACUUGAAAACUUAGAAUCUAUCUUACUUUCUUCGUAUAAAUGUUAUGACAAGGCUUUGUCAUUAGAACUCAUGGAUGUGGAUAGAAGAAACUUGUUGAAACGAAUAGGAAACAUUCAUAACGAGUUGGGUGUUCUUUAUAUGAAUCAAGCAGGAUCUCGAUUUCAAGGCACUCAAACAAACAAUUUGUCGAAUACGGACGUAACCGAGCUUCUAACACGUUCAUCAACUCACUUAGAAUCCGGAAUUACGGCCUUUCAUGAAAUCCAUGAUGAAACGAAUCUGGCGCUUUUGCAUUCAAACACAGGACGGCUCAUGCGAGUCUGCGCGCAUAUACACGACAAACAGACUGUGCAAGAGCGUCACUUUUAUAACAAGGCUCUCGCAAGUUAUCAGAAGGCUCUACAAGUUCUCGGUGAUAGAAAAACAAAUUCAACCAUAUGGGACAAUGUGAUGUGGGACUUAUCGACAACGUUAUUCACGAUGGCUUCACUAUUACAAGAUUAUCCUAUUGCUGAAUAUAAAGCUGAAGAAUUAGAGAGGGAAGUGGUCGAUACUCUUCAGAAGGCACUCAAGCAUUGCGAUGUGGAUACUCCCGGACCACGACAACCAGUUUAUCAAUUCCGCGCUGCAAUUAUUCAGCAUCGAUUAGCUUCGUUUUAUCAUAACAUGUAUAGAAAAUUCGACUCGGAUGUGGAUAAUAACAAGAAAAGAACUACCUUACAAUUAUCUAAAUUAUACUACGAGAAAGCGGCCAAAUUGCAACUCUCAUUGGAACAAACUACGGAAUAUUUGACGAUACAAAUGGAAAGAGUCGCUCUGGCGGAAUAUCAAGCACGUAACGGUACAACCUUCAAUAGCAAGCUAAAAGCGUAUCAAACCGGCUUGGAUUUAAUUUUACAAUGUAUACCUAUCAUGGAAAUAUUAUAUGAACGAAAUAACGCGACGAGACAAAAGCUGGAAGAAACGAUCGAUAACAAAAUCGAUAAUAAAAUAGAAAAUGAUAGCGCGGAAUGUAAAAAAAUGACUCAAGAACAAAAACCAGUGGACGAGAAUCCAUUGGAUGAGAAUCAAGUAGAGGAGAAUCUCAUUAUUCUGCUAGAACAGAGAUUACAAUUUCUUCUACGAUCGUUAAAUCAACUGUUUUUCAAAAGUCCCACGUACAAUAAAAAAGAGAACCAGACGCUUGCAAAUCUGUACAAGCAAUGCUAUGCACGAACUUUGCGACCAGAUACGAUAUCUGGAAUAACUUUCAUAAAACACAUGAGAGAGCUUUUACGAGAACUCGACAAUAUGCUAAAGCAUACAAAUUCUUAAUCAUUAUGUAAAUAAUGAUUAUGUACACACAAUUAACGGUUUUAAAAUAAUGUAAUUAACAGAAUACCGAUUUCGGUGCCAUUUUCCCACUCCAAGUGUAUGCUAGCGGCCGGCCGCCGCACCGUACUGCCUUUCGUGACGCUUGGCCGCUAGCAUGCGUUUGUAGUAAUCUAAUGUCCAGUGAUUUAAGCAAAGAGAGCACCGUCGCAUAGAAUACU